AUAUAUUAUACGUUAAUGCUUCGUUCUUCAACAAAAAAUCUCAGUUUUAUAAGUCGAUUUUCUUCAAUUCUAAGCCAAACCCAUUUUAAUUCAGUGUCUAAUCUUCCUAUUUCACCUUUUUCAAAGCCGAUCCAUACAGUUUUUUCCAAUUCUUUAUCUCCUUUUCUUGUUAAACCUAAGAAUUUUGAGUUGUUGAGUUUAAGAUCAGAUCAUACCAUGGCUAGUCAAUCCAACAAGCCUCAAUCUGUUCAUGACUUCACUGUUAAGGAUGCUAAGGGCAAUGAUGUUGAUCUCAGCAUUUACAAGGGAAAGGCCCUUAUCAUUGUCAAUGUUGCAUCACAGUGUGGCCUGACUAAUUCAAACUACACAGACAUGACCGAGUUAUACAGGAAGUAUAAGGAUCAAGGUUUGGAGAUUCUUGCAUUCCCUUGCAACCAGUUUGGAGGACAGGAGCCUGGAAGCAUUGAAGAUAUCCAGCAGAUGGUUUGCACUCGCUUCAAGGCCGAGUACCCCAUAUUUGAUAAGGUUGAUGUGAAUGGUGAUAAUGCUGCUCCACUGUACAAGUUUCUGAAAUCAAGCAAAGGUGGGUUCUUUGGGGAUGGUAUUAAGUGGAAUUUCUCCAAAUUCCUUGUUGACAAAGAAGGACAUGUCGUCGAUCGCUACUCUCCAACAACUGCUCCAGCUAGCAUGGAGAAGGAUAUCAAGAAACUCUUGGGGGUUGCUUAAGCUCUGAACCGUGCCGUUACUGCAUUUUGUGCCGGGAAUAAUGAGCGUAUUAUAGUGAAUAAGCUCUAUGUUUGAUGUAAUUUCUUCUUGUUUAAGCUGCUACUCCGUUUGCUAGCUACUUGUACAAGUUCAAUAUUCAAUAUACUUUUGUUUACAAGUGUAA